AUGAAGUCAAAGAAACAGAAAAAAAUAACAAGAAGAGAAAGAAAAGAAUUCCUAAGCCCUUUAUACAUUCCACCUGCCAAAAAAAAAGAUUCGGAAGGUCCAGUUUCAAAAAUUAUUCAAUAUAAAUAUGAAUUUAACCUUGAUUGGUACCUUUUAACCUUCAAAGAUCACAGAAGACAGCCGGAGUGGCAGCAAUAUAGAAAUUUAGAGGGGUGCAAUGAAAUGAUCAGGGAUUUUUGGAUCCGGGAAGAAGCUGGGGCAAAUCCGAUGGUUGGCCCUUUUGGUUCAUCAAAAUUCUUGCGUUCUUCAACUCAAAGUAAUCGACGUAAAUGGACAGGAAGUCUGGAAAAAGGCCAAAAUAAAUCAUUUCUCGCAACCGUUCUCUUGAAGCCUUAUCCUGGACACUGUCAUGAUUUGUAUUCACUAUUUAAAAUUAUCGGGAAAACUCUUUGGAUACGAGAUUCUAUACCAAUAUCAUAUGCUAAAGAAUUUAUUCAACCUGCAGACAAGAAUAUGUCCCUUUUUACUAUCGAGGCUGCUUACGAUGAUGAUAUAUCUAAGCUUUAUAUUGAAUGUGCUUUGAUGGAAUGGAGUGAAAAAGCCGGAAUAGUUUGGAUUGAUGAAUCAAUGUCCUCUUUUUAUAUAAUAUUCCCAAAUUCUGAUACUAUUUACCUAAAUUUUGGAUGUUUGACUCGACCAACUGCUACAUUUUUUGCCAUCUUUAAAACUUUACCAUCAUUUCAAUCGAUGGGAUUACAACCCAAUUAUAUACCUCAUUUGAUGAAUCUUAAAGAUUUACCAAAUUGUAAAUUUAUAGGUUAUGGGGAUGGUUGUUGGCCUCCUGAUUCGUCCGUAAAUUUAGAAGAGUGGUUCCUGCAUGGUGGGUUCAUAACGUUAACAGCUCAAACAUUUAAUAAACAAGACCAUAUUUUCGAUAGACUGCAUAAAGUGUUUCAAUAUCAGUCAGCACUCAAUGUUUCUUCAACAUGGAAAGUGGUCAUAUGUAAAAAUGUUGAAGAUAAUUUGGCAAAAAAUUUUGAAAAAUUUCGUUGUAGACAGUCAUUAAUUUCAUCACGCAUGAUCCAAUUAAGCCUCAAAGAAGGAUCAAGUAGAUAUUUUGAAACAGACGAACUUUUUUACCCAAAAAAGAAACUAAACUCUAUGUCAAUUAUAAAAUCCCUAAGUUUUCAUAUGAUAAAAUUGCAUAAUAAGCAUUGGAAAAAAAAACGACACUUUAUUAUAAUAUGUGAACCUGAAGAAAAAUAUAAUGAUAUUAUUUCUGUUCCAGGGGUUGAUAGAUUGACUCUGAAAGAAUUUGAGUUAAAAUUUGGUUCCAGCGAGAGAAUAUUACUGCAAUAA